UUUAAAUUAAUUUAAAACUCCGAGCUGGGUGAAGUCAGCUAAUUCUUUCAAAAGUUCCUGCUGCUUAGGUAGUUUUGUGUUUUUUUCCCUGAAUGUUCCGGCUAUAAUGCGCUGCGUAGAAGACCCUAUGUAGUCGGUCCAUAUGUCAAAAGUCACGUUGUUUAAAUCCUGCUGGCGCUGCGGAAAGCUGUCAAUAUCGGUGCAUGUCGAGAUAUAAAGGAGUCCUCUUUGUCAAAUGGCCAAAAUAUAGUGUCUGCAGGAACACACACAAGUCCCACCAGGUGAGGGGAGUGAUGACCAUCCUGUUCCUUACUAUGGUUAUCUCAUACUUCGGUUGCCUGAAAGCUGCCCCAAUGAAAGAAGCUGGAGACCGAGGUCACGGUGCCUCGCUCUAUCCCGGGACACUGGACGGUCUGGGUGGCGGAGGAAGGGAAGAGGUCGCCUCUCCCCGUGGACUAGGGGCUUUGGCCAACACGGUAGAACAUGUGCUGGAAGAACUCUUGGAGGUGGAGACCGAGACCCAGCCGAACGACGGCGGGGGUGGAGGAGGAGGAGGCAGGGAAGUGGAUUUGUCCUCGUCCCGGGUGAUGCUGAGCGGCCAAGUGCCUUUGGAGCCCCCUUUGCUCUUUCUGAUGGAGGAGUACAGGAACUACUUGGAGGCGGCCAACAUGUCAGCGAGGGUGAGGCGCCACUCAGACCCGGGCAGACGGGGCGAGCUCAGCGUCUGUGACAGUAUUAGUCAGUGGGUGACGGCCGACAAGAAAAAGACAGCCGUAGACAUGUCGGGCCAGACGGUCAGCGUCCUGGAGAAGAUCCUCGUCCAGAACGGCCAACUCAAGCAGUACUUUUACGAGACCAAAUGCAACCCCAAGGGUUUCACCAACGAAGGCUGCAGAGGGAUAGACAAGAAGCAUUGGAACUCCCAGUGCAGAACCAGCCAAUCUUACGUGCGAGCCCUCACCAUGGAUAGCAGGAAGAAAAUUGGGUGGAGAUUUAUAAGGAUAGACACGUCGUGUGUAUGUACAUUAACCUUUAAGAGGGGAAGAUAGUGAAUUGGUGUAUAUAGAUUUUAUUGAGAAGUAAUCUAUUUGUAUAUAUUACAUACAGGGUAAAUUAUUCCGUCGAAAUGAUACAGAAAAUUUUAUGGACUGCAUGUAUAAAUGAAGUUUAUACAGUAAAAAGUGGUUUUACGGUCUAUUUAUUGAACAUAUCCAUGGCCCGAGAAGGGGGGAAGAGAAACAUUCAUAUUGCGCACAACAAAACAGUAAGCCUGUGUUACAUUCCUCAGAAUAUCGUGGUUUGUUGAGUGACGUUGCCAAGACAUGAAACGAAAGUUAAAAAAAAAUUGCAUGCUGCUUCCGUUGUUCGAUAGGAAUCUGUCCAUUGGAAAGUCCAAGAUACAUUCCGUUUACAUUAGCCAGUAAGUGGUUAUAUUCUUUAUUAGUAUUAUCUUUGUUGACUGCUUUACCUUCUACCGAUAGCGUUGGAAUUAAAAAGUCAAGGUGCUGUCCUCAA